CGGCAGAUGGCAGUAUCUGUCAGACGCGUGAGCGCCUCAACAAUGACACUCGCAACACUGUAACACUGAAACAUUCGAACGCGGUGCGCGCAGAUACAAUGUAUCGAACCCGACAGAUGCUGCCGAGCCGAGGCAGAAACGCCGACGAGAAUUAAACCUGCGAUGGCUCUCCAUUUCUCUCUCACGUCUCUCGGGGAGCUCCAAUCGCUCGCUACUCGAACCGACAGCUAAUACUGCCAGGCACAGGCUGCGGCUGCAGCUGCGUGCGUUACACGGGGCUCAUGGCGGAGUUUGUCGCCGAGAACUGCGGUGUCUCAUCGCCGAGCGCUGGCGGGAAAUCCGCCCAGCCCGGCGAUGAGGCGGACGGCAGAGCUGCGAGCGAGGUGUCGGUCUCGAACGGGGACUGUGGACUGUGUGCACCCGAGAACCAGGGGCUCGAGACGGCCAACGCGUCUGUGGUGCUGGACGGCAAAUCUGGAAUACCACGGAAGGCCAGUAUUAUUAAGGAUGGUUCCAGGCGGUGCAAGGAAAGGAAAAAGACGGUGUCAUUCAGUAGCAUGCCAACAGAGAAGAAGAUCAGCAGUGCAAGUGACUGCAUUAAUUCAAUGGUGGAUGGGUCUGAACUAAGGAAAGUACGCUCCAACUCCAGAGUCUACCACCGUUACUUCCUCCUAGAUGCCGACAUGCAGUCUUUGCGAUGGGAGCCAUCCAAAAAAGAGUCGGACAAGGCCAAGAUUGAUGUAAAAUCAAUUAAAGAGGUGCGAACUGGUAAAAACACGGACACCUUCAGGACCAAUGGGAAUUCGGAUCAGAUUUCCGAGGAUUGUGCGUUCUCUAUAAUCUAUGGGGAGAACUAUGAAUCACUUGAUUUAGUGGCAAAUUCAGCCGAUGUAGCAAAUAUAUGGGUGACUGGACUCAGGUACUUAAUAUCAUACGGAAAACACACUCUUAACAUGAUUCAGAGCAGUCAGGACAACAUGCGUGCGUCCUGGCUGGGCGACCUCUUCGACGAAGCCGACGUCAUUGGCGGAAAAUGCAUUAGUCUUUGUUCGGCCGUGCAGCUGAUCAAGAAGUUAAGUCCUGGGCUGAAAAAUGUCAAGAUAGAGCUGAAGUUCAAAGAGUUGCACAAAGUGAAAGAUAAAAUCGGUUCCGACGUGACCAAGGAGGAGUUCAUUGAAGUCUUUCACGACCUUUGCACAAGACCAGAAAUCUAUUUUUUGUUGGUGCAGUUCUCAAGCAACAAGGAAUUUCUUGACACCAAGGACCUGAUGAUCUUUUUGGAGGCAGAGCAGGGCAUGGCCAAGGUGAGCGAAGACAUCAGCGUGGAAAUUAUUCAGAAGUAUGAACCUUCGAAGGAGGGGCAACUCAAGGGAUGGCUCUCCCUGGAUGGGUUUAUCAAUUACCUCAUGUCAGCAGACUGUCACAUCUUUGAUCCUGAACAAAAAAUAGUAUGCCAAGACAUGAACCAACCCCUUUCUCACUAUUACAUAAACUCUUCCCACAAUACCUACCUGAUUGAGGACCAGUUCAGGGGUCCGUCAGACAUUACGGGCUACAUCCGUGCCCUAAAGAUGGGCUGCAGGAGCGUGGAACUUGAUGUAUGGGAUGGGCCGGAUAAUGAACCGGUCAUUUACACGGGCCAUACGAUGACCUCACAUAUUGUCUUCCGCAGCGUCAUUGACAUCAUCAACAAGUACGCUUUCGUAGCCUCGGAAUUUCCUCUGAUCCUGUGCUUGGAGAACCACUGUUCCUUGAUGCAACAGAAGGUAAUGUUUCAGCACCUGAAGAAAAUACUCGGAGACAAAAUCCACGCGGAUCCUCCCAACCUUGAGGACAACUACCUUCCGUCCCCUUCGGACCUAAAGGGAAAGAUUCUUCUGAAAGGAAAGAAACUUGCGAGCAACUGCACCGGCUCUGAAGGCGAGGUGACGGAUGAGGACGAGGGUGCGGAAAUGUCUCAACGGAUGAACAACGAGGGUGGCGAGCAGCAGACGGUUGUUCAACCCAAAAAGUUCCAGCUUUCCAAGGAUCUGUCCGACUUGGUAACCUUAUGUAAGUCUGUUCGGUUUAAGGAUUUCCAGACGGCUUUCCAGAACCAGAAGCACUGGGAGCUCUGCUCCUUCAAUGAGGUCUUUGCCAGUCGGUGUGCCACUGACCACCCUGGUGACUUUGUUAACUACAACAAGAAGUUUCUAGCAAGGGUUUACCCAAGUCCAAUGCGAAUUGAUUCUAGCAACAUGAACCCGCAGGACUUUUGGAAAUGUGGCUGUCAAAUAGUAGCAAUGAACUAUCAAACACCGGGUCUCAUGAUGGACCUCAACAUCGGCUGGUUUAGACAAAACGGGAACUGUGGGUAUGUUUUACGCCCAGCGAUCAUGAGGGAGCAGGUGUCUUAUUUCAGUGCCAAUACUAAAGACUCUGUUCCGGGAGUGUCUCCACAGCUCCUUCACAUAAAGAUCAUUAGCGGACAAAAUUUACCUAAACCCAAGGGCUCAGGCGCCAAAGGCGAUGUGGUAGAUCCAUACGUUUAUGUUGAAAUUCAUGGCAUCCCUGCGGAUUGUGCAGAACAAAGGACUAAAACGAUCCAUCAGAAUGGCGACAACCCCAUCUUUGACGAAAGUUUCGAGUUUCAGAUAAACCUUCCGGAACUGGCAAUGGUGCGCUUUGUUGUUCUGGAUGACGACUACAUUGGGGAUGAGUUUAUCGGUCAGUACACAAUUCCGUUUGAAUGCAUUCAGCCAGGUUUCCGCCACAUUCCCCUGCAGUCGCUGACGGGCGAAGUCCUUCCACAUGCCUGGCUCUUCGUCCAUGUGGCCAUUACUAACCGUCGUGGUGGGGGUAAACCUCACAAAAGGGGGCUUUCGGUCCGCAAGGGUAAAAAGGGUCGGGAGUACGCCACCAUGAGGAUACUUUUCAUCAAGGCUAUAGAUGAAGUCUUUAAAUCUGCUGCACAGCCACUUCGGGAGGCCACUGAUCUCAGAGAGAACAUGCAGGUGAGAUAACACUUACCUCAAUGAGAAACAAAGU